CCCAUCCUUCCUAACUGGCCAAUUUUAUGGUUUACAUCAAUUUGCCUGUCCCUAACAUUGUGACUGAUUAUCGUCCAAAACUCCAUGAAUUAUUGAAUAUCCACUGCGUUUCAAUUUCCUAAACUAGUCAUUUUCAGUUAAAUCUUGAAUCUUUCUUCCAAUCCCAUAAUCUUUUUCUUAGAUUUUCUCUCUCCUCCAUCUCCAAAAACUUCAAGCAAUGGAGCGUUCUGGUUAUGGCAGAGAUGGUAUUUACAGGUCAUUAAGACCUCAAAUAAUGGUACCCAAAAAUCCAAAUCUAAGUAUGGUUUCUUUUCUCUUCAGAGAUAUUUCUUCUUUAUCUGAAAAACCUGCUUUGAUUGACUCUGAUUCUGGGGAAACCUUGAAUUUUUCCCAGUUGAAAUCCAUGGUUUCUAAGGUUUCUCAUGGAUUAACCCAACUGGGUAUUCGAAAAGGGCAAGCUGUUCUUAUUCUUGCUCCAAAUUCAAUUUAUUACCCUGUAAUUUUUCUGGGUAUUGUUGCAAUUGGUGCAGUUGCUACUACUGUGAAUCCUGUUUAUACAGUUUCAGAGAUAAAGAAACAGAUUGAUGAUUGUAAUCCCAAAUUGGUUGUUACAGUCCCUGAAUUUUGGGAUAAACUUAAGGGUUUUAAUUUGCCUGCUUUGAUUUUAGGGUCUAAAGAAAAUGGGAUUUUAAAUUCAAGCUCUAAAGUUGUUUAUUUCAAUGAUUUGGUUAAUGGGUCUGCUGUGGAUUUUCCAAAGGUUGUGAUAAAACAAAGUGACACUGCUGCACUGUUGUAUUCAUCUGGUACUACUGGUGUUAGUAAAGGUGUGAUACUAACUCAUGGGAAUUUCAUUUCUGCCUCAUUGAUGGUAUCAAGUGAUCAAAAACUCGAGGGCGAAUUGGAUGAAGUGUUCUUGUGUGUGAUCCCAAUGUUUCAUGUGUUUGGGCUGUCUGUGGUUUUGUAUGGUCAAUUGCAGAUGGGUAAUGCUGUUGUUAGUAUGGCCAAAUUCGAUUUCGAGUUGAUGUUGAGAGCUAUUGAGAAGUAUAGGGUUACUAAAUUGUGGAUUGUUCCACCAAUUGUGCUUGCAUUGGCUAAGCAUAAUGCUGUUAAGAAGUAUGAUCUGUCAUCUUUGAAGCAGAUUGGUUCCGGGGCCGCGCCUUUGGGGAAGGAGAUGAUGCAGGAGUGUUCUAAAGUUGUGCCUCAGGCUGCCAUAAUGCAGGGGUAUGGUAUGACAGAAACAUGUGGAAUCAUCUCUGUAGAACACCCAAGACUAGGGGGUCGACAUUCUGGUUCAACUGGAAUGUUAGCUGCAAGUGUUGAAGCUCAGAUAAUUGAUGUAGAUACAUUAAAGCAUCAUCCUCCAAAGCAACUGGGUGAAAUAUGGGUCCGUGGGCCUAAUAUGAUGAAAGGCUACUUAAAUAAUCCACAAGCCACCAAAUCGACUAUUGAUAGUCAAGGCUGGGUACAUACAGGAGAUCUUGGGUACUUUGAUGAGGAAGGGCAACUUUAUGUGGUUGAUAGACUGAAAGAGCUCAUCAAAUACAAGGGUUUUCAGGUUGCACCAGCAGAACUUGAAGCAGUUCUUCUUUCACAUCCUGAAGUACUAGAUGCUGCUGUCAUCCCAUUUCCUGAUGAUGAAGCCGGUGAAGUUCCUAUUGCAUAUGUGGUUCGAGGACCCAAUAGUUCUUUACAGGAAGAAGAUGUCAAGAAGUUUGUCGCUGAUCAGGUUGCACCUUACAAGAGAUUAAGGAAAGUAACAUUUUUAAGUGCCAUCCCAAAGUCAGCUUCAGGAAAGCUUCUCAGACGAGAGCUCGUUGAAAAAUCACGAUCCAAGCUGUAAAUCCAUAUUGUUGCAUCUGUUCUUUCUCGUUCUCUGGGAUGCAGUUCAUGUUUUAGCUGAAACAAGAAUGCAACAUUACAGUUAUAGAAUUACUAAAACAUAUACAUUCACAUAAUGGUUAGAUUACCUAAAGCUGUAAACAUCAUCGUUGAAAUUGUAUAUUUGCUCUAUAAAUUCUUUUCUUUUCGGGUUGAAAUAAUGAAAUCUAUCCUGUUUCUAGGACUCAAGGUUUCUUAUUGAUGUUGUUUGCUUAGUUUUAGAAAACAUUUUCUUUGUACAUGUAUAAACAAAGUCAACUUCCUUGUAUGUAAUCUGUUGACCAGGAAAUAAAAAACAUGUUUUCUAUAU